GUUAGGGGCACAUAGCUGUAAGGAAGGGAACGCCUGCUCGAUAUAAUAACGGCUAUCUCUGAAGAGCCAUCAUGGUCUCCUUCCCAAUGUCAGUGCUCCUGUGUGUUGCUGUGCUCUGCACUGUGGCUUUGGUGUCUGGACAGGCUGGUGCAGGAGGUUUCUGCCAGUGCACCUGCCCUGAUGGCUGGGCCAGCUUCCAAGACCGCUGCUUCAAGUACAUCGCUACCAAGAAGACCUGGCCUGAUGCUGAGGCACACUGUGUGAGUCUGGGUGGAAACCUGGCCUCCUUGCACAGCACUAGAGAACACCAGUUUCUCAAGAAACUCAUCCGUAGCCAUGACCUGAAUCAGAAGCCAACCUGGAUUGGCCUCUCGGACUGCCAGAAGCUUAAAUCAUGGUUUUGGUCAGACGGGUCCAAAGUUGACUUCUUUCAGUGGAACCCGCGGGAGCCGAACUUUGCAAAUAACGGAGAAUGUUGUGUCCACACCAACUGGUCCAAGGAGAAAAAUUGGAAUGACAUCCCUUGCAAGUAUAGUUAUCCUUUUGUCUGCUCCUUGAGGAUGGGCAGCAAGUACUGA